AUGGGUGGCAGGACUGAAUCACGGGAAGCAUUGGCCGCACUCGUGGCAGCGUUGUUGCUGCUGCUGGGUUUUGUGAGUCCCGUUAUAGGAGACCAAACCGUGGGCACCAAGGUGAUUGUGAACCUCUUCAACAGUUGUAUCAACUGUAGUAGUGGGCAGGCGGAUGGCAUAAACGGUACUGGUCGCUUAUUCAAGGCGGUGGGUGGGUUCUUUAAGAACAAAAGCUUUCCUUUACUUUUAUGUGAUGUUGGAGGUGGUGGAUCCACCGUGCGACUCGUAAACAAAACUGGCAUAUAUACCGUUGCGGGAAAUCUUGCAAAGCGUGGUGACGAAGUUGGUCCUUUAGAGGUUGCUCGUUUUAAUCAUCCCACCUCUGUUGUUGGUGUAAACAAUGAUAUUUACGUGGCGGACAGGGAUAAUGAUUGCAUGAAGCGGAUAGAUGCUGAUGGAAUGGUGACGAAGUUUGCGGCCAAUGAAGUUGAUAAACCGAGUAGUAUUAUUUAUCAUGAACAAGACGGGGCACCGGUUUUAUUUAUUUCGGAUACUGGAAAUUCAAGGAUUAUGUACUCGCAGAUAAGUGUGUCCAACAAUGUAACGGCGAAACUUGUUGGAGGUUUUCAACCUGGUGUGAUGCAAAUAAGCAAGAAGCGGAAUUUCAUGUAUGUCGUGAAGGAGACCUCGUGGAUUGCAGCGGUGGACCUGAAUAGCCUCAGCGAUUCGGAUGGUAACAAGAAGAGCUGGGACAUCGCCAAUAUGAGUUGUCUCGAUUAUGUCGAUGCCUUGAUGUUAACUGAGGACGAGAAUGAGCUCUAUUAUUACGGUGAACCUAACGGCGAGAGCCAUAUCAUGUCCCUUGAAUUGAAUUCCUCUGAAACCGGUCUGUUGUGCCCUAAGAAGGUGAUGGAGUGGAUGCAUGGGCCGAUUGUCUCACUGGUUAAGGUGAAUGGAUGUGAAUAUUAUGCCAUAACCGAAACAGCUGUGUACGCCGUCCGUGAGAAAUGCUAUUCACCAACACCACUACCGCCGGUGACUCCCACGCCAACGCCCGGGUCACCUCCGAGAUCCACAGCUGUGGCCGCCUUUCGCGCUUCCUCGUUCCCAAUGGGAAAUGAUCGGCUCAUGCACGCCCUGUAUUCAUGGAUUAUAAAAGAUGUGGAGGUAGCCUUUCGUACAGAGGACUUCUAUGCUGUGUUCCUUCCACCCGGUGAGAUUAACGUGCCUGGUGGUACAAAUGUUUCGACGUGGACAAACCUUACUGCAAUGAUGAACCUUGAGAAUACCAUCCUUAUUACCAACUACAGGGGCCCCCCCGGCAUGAGCAAGGGACGUGCGCAGAAGCGGCUGUUCUCGUCUCCAUGGACGUGGACCCGGAUGUUCCUUGAAGAAGUGUCGCAGCAAGAGCAGUGGAGUCACCUGUUGCCGCUCUGCAUGGUGAAGUGUGUGGAUGAUUGCCAGCACAUUACCUUAGCUGAGUCCGUAUGCGGAGAUGACUCACGUCUAUCUAGAUGCGACGGUGUGUGUCUCGGUGGUAUCGUUUCCUCCGCACUUCUUGGUGCGGUAGCUAUCGUACUUCUUUUCCUGAUGGUGGUAAGCCCGUACAACGUAAAGUUCGCCUUUGUACGGUUGCCGGCGUUCGAGUGA